AUGUACAUUAGAGAUGGCUUGAAUGUACAUCAGAGAUGGCUUGAAUGUACGUCACUGAUAUCUUCAAUGUACAUCAAAGGAUUUGGUUCAACAAGAGCAGCUAUUGUUACAUUUUGCUGUCUCAAAGAACUUGAACUUGAAAGUUUGAGUCUUGAUUUGGCACAAGUAGUUGGUUGGCCUCCAGUUAGAUCCUACAGGAAAAAUUGCCUUCAAGCAAUUAAAAAAGAAGCAGAAGUUGGAGGAAAUUACGUUAAAGUUAGCAUGGAUGGAGCUCCUUAUCUUAGAAAGAUUGACAUGAAACUUUACAAUGGCUAUGCAGAACUUCUUAAGUCCUUGGAAGAGAUGUUUAAAGUUACAGUUGGUAAAUACUCAUAGAGAGAAGGGUAUAAUGGAUCAGAACUUGUACCAACUUAUGAAGACAAAGAUGGAGAUUGGAUGUUGGUAGGAGAUGUUCCAUGGGAAAUGUUCAUUAAUUCUUGCAAAAGGCCGAGAGUUAUGAAAGGAUCAGAUGCAAGAGGCUUGGGUUGUUUGGCUUAAAUAUUUAUAUAUAAAAAAUAUAUAUAGCGGAGUCUAUUUUUUUCGUAAA